AUGACGGACACGUACUGCGACCCUUCCGAUCCUUCCGGAACUUUCCUCGCCACUCCCCAAUUCCUCUCGCUCGCCCUCCACUCGUUCGGAUUCGUCGCGAUUCCCGUCCAUCUCUUCGGCGCCUACUGUAUUCUGGCCAAGACUCCGCCGUCUAUGGACUCGAUCAAAUGGAGCCUCCUCAAUUUCCAUUUUUGGAGCUGUUUCGUGGAUCUGGGACUGAGUCUGCUCACCACUCCGUUCGUUUUGGUGCCCCUCAUGGCCGGUUAUCCGUUGGGCAUUUUGAGAUUCACGUGGAUGACCACAGCCGAUCAGACCUACUUUCAAGUCGUUUCCGUUGUCGGUGAGAUUUGUUUUACUUUUAGAAUGACGCGUUACAUUUGCAAAUCUCAGUGAUGGGCGUCUCGAUAUUCGGUCUUUUCGAGAAUCGCUUUCUCAUUUUAUCACCUGCCAAUCACUGGUGGCAUCGGGUUCGAGUACCGUGGUUCAUUCUCAACUACGUCGUAGCCGUCACCUUUUUCUAUCCGGUCUACUAUUUUAUACCCGAAGAUCAGGAAGCCGGCAAGCAAUACGUCAUACAGGUACUUUCUUUGAUGUUAGGCCAACGCGCUCUACCGCUAAUCCCUUUCGAGAGAAGCAUCGAACGUUUUAUUAGGACACAAUUGUACUUUUUCGUGCGUAAACCCGUAAAGGCUCAAAAGGCGCGAAUUCAAAUUUUUGGGGAAAAUCUAUUUUUUCGUUUUUUUUGCGGGGAUCAAAAUUAAAACUUUUGCUUUGAUGCCAAUAAAAACUAUUUUUGAGAACUACAUUUCUUUUAUAUGCUCGAUAAUUGCAAAAUUCGUUAGUUCUACGAAAAACAAACAUUUUUUUAAAUCAAUAGUUCAAAAUUUGGAUUCCCGCUUUUUGAACCGGGCCGGAGUUUUGAAAAUUUUGGCCCGGCCCGUGGCAACUCUGUUUAACAGUGUUGUAAUGAAAGCCCUAACAUCGCCCUAAUCGAUUGUUUCUUCCAGAUACUUCCGUGCCUCUCCGCAGAAGUCAAAUCCGCUCCGAUCUUCCUGCUCGCCGACUCGACGGCCCUGUUCCUGAGGUCCGGAGCCGCCGAGCUCGCCUUUCUCUCUUUCGAGCUCGGCGUUCUUUUCGUCCAAAUCACAAAAUCAUUCGACCGAUACGGCCGCAAACUCUCCCGCCGAACCGUCAAUCUUCAACGCAAACUGAUCCGCGCCCUGAUUCUCCAACUUCUCCUCCCAUUCUUUAUUCUCGUUUUUCCCAUUGUUUUCCUGGGAAUUAGUUGUUGGGUGAAGUAUCACAAUCAGGCACUCAACAAUCUUUCGUUCAUUCUCAUUUCGUCCCACGGGUUCUUCUCCACGAUCGCCAUGAUUUCCGUACAAGCGCCUUAUCGGGAAGAGGUGCUCCGAUUGGUUUUUUGUGGAAAACGAAACAUUCGGAAGAAGAGUAUGACUCUGAAUUCCAUCAAUGUUCAGCCCUUAAAUAUUGUUGCCAUAACCAAAUAG